CUUCCCCAGUCCUAGACUCAUCGUAUACUCCGCACCAAGAGAGGCACAAUGAGAUGACAGCGGAGAGCACGUAGAGAAGAAAAGGAAAACAAAUGGCUUCGAAGGAAAACGCUGUUUCUUCGUAUAAUUUGUUAAUUGCAAGUCUCGAAUCAAAGCAUCAACAGGAAUUGCAAAACUUGAGUGUUGUGACACAGCCCUGGAAAACAGUGAAGUUUUUCAUUUUGGUUGUACUACAGUACCUGAGGCAGUGGUUCACAUAUGUUUUGUCACAUGCUCAUGCUGUAUGGCUUACACUUUUGAGUGGAAUAGCUGUGUUUGCUGUAUGCAGGCUUACACUUAUGCAGCAUUAUUUAGCACAAGUGUUUGAGUAUGCUCAAUUUGGAUUAUGGUGGGUGGCCCUUGGUGUUGCAUCAUCUAUUGGAUUUGGGUCAGGUUUGCACACAUUUGUUCUGUAUUUAGGUCCUCACAUUGCUAUGUUCACUAUAAAAGCAAUGAAGUGUGGGCGAGUCGACUUAAAAACUGCUCCAUAUGAUACAAUGCAGUUUAACAGAAGCCCUUCAUGGAUGAGCAAGAAUUGUUCAGAGUUUGGGCCUCCAUUAUAUUAUCAUUCGGUUCCACUCACCAGUAUAUUACAGCAGGUGCAAUUAGAAUCCAUUUUGCGGGGAAUUGGGACAACCCUGGGAGAGAUUCCUUCAUAUUUUGUUUCAAGAGCAGCAAGCAAUUCAGGCAUUGAAGUUGAAGAUUUGGAAAUGUCCUCCACUGAAGAAGAUGCUGGAUUUCUAGUUACUCGUAUAAACAAAAUCAAGCACUGGUUUCUUUCACAUGCACAAAAUAUGAACCUGCUCACAAUCCUAAUCCUGGCUACAGUGCCUAAUCCGCUAUUUGACAUGGCUGGUGUAAUGUGUGGACAAUUUGGCAUUCCUUUCUGGAAGUUCUUUAUUGCUACUUUGGUUGGAAAGGGUAUCAUUAAAACUUAUAUGCAGACAGUUUUUGUUAUAUUAGUGUGCAAUAAUCAGCUGCUGGAAUGGAGUGAAAAUGAGUUGAUGUGGGUCCGUAGCUCUGUACCUGGAGUUGAUUCCAUCCUAUCAAAACUCGUAGCCAAGCUUCAUUCCAUGAAGGACCGUUACAUGACAACCAAACUUCAUGCGUCUUCAAAUAAUGUUAAGGGGAGCCAUUGGGAGUACUACUCCCUUGCUUCUGCAUGGAAUGCUGUUGUAUGCAUCAUGAUAUUCAACUUUUUGGCUAAGAUUUUGAAUGCAACUGCACAACGCCAUCUCAGAAAACAGCAAGAGAAGGAAUUGGCUGCUUUGAAGCUGAAGUUGCUUGGAUAAAUUUGAUGGAUACUAGCUUCUUGGACUGGUCAAAUAAUAUUAGUGUGUUUGGUAAACAAUUUUUUUUUCAUGGCAAUAAACUGAAAAUGAAAAAGUUACUUUGAGUAGCUUAUUGAUAUUAGGGUAUUACAUUUUUGUUUUAAAAGUUUAAUUUAUUUUUAAUAGUUGUUCGUUAUUGUAGUUAGGGUGGGCGUUUUGGUUCGGGUUAUUCGAGCCGAGCUGAAACCUAGCCGAACGACUUGGUUUUGGUUUAUUAUAAAAAUUGAUCGGUUCUAUAUUUUAUAAA